GAUUUAACUUGAAAAGACGCCACAAUCUUCUGUCAGCCUCAACCCGCCAAGUCUGUGGCUGUAUUGUCUCCCAAACGUCCGUCGCCGCUUCCUCUCGUCCUGAGCACUUCGAUUCGAUAUAUCACCUUUCGACGAAAGCGCAUAUCAGUCCGACGAUUGCCUCAUAAGCAAACGGAACGAGGUGCAGGCUCAUUCCACCAGUUACCGGUCAUGAUGCAAAUCAGCCGGUGACAUCUCACUUGCACGAACAAUGUCAUCCUGAGCCGAUUGCGACCUCGCGCAGAUGUCGCUAAGCUACUCGCCCAGUUCCGAUGCUGUACCGGAUUCAUAUUGGAGUACAGUAUAUCUAUCCACGCGAGAUGCGGGUGGACGAGUGCCAAUCGACUUCAUAACCCAUCCGGGUAUCUACCUCACGAAAGCGUGCUUUCCUCAUGGUGUCUACGACGAUGUUCCUACACAGACUUGCAUGUCCGACCUCCUAGCAACUUCCUUUCGUCGCAUUAUCAUCGAUCUGUAUUGGGACAGUAUCAACCUUCAAUUCAAUCUUUGUCCAGUCGAACUACCUCCAUUGGCUGGCAACUCGACGAGCGGCUAUAGUGUUGAUACUUCCGCUCUAUAUUCCAUCACUGCUUCGAGCUUUUCCACCGCUACAUCCCCAUCGGGAACGCUGACCGCUAGCGAUGCUGGAUCAUUGGCCAAGCGUCAGUCAACUGAAAACAAUUUUACAUCUGCCGCUACAACGUCCACUGUCAGCAGUACACCAACGAGUGCCUUGCCAGUUCCGACUACGACUGGCGUUUCCGGUAACGAAUUGAUCGAGCUAGGACCAUACACAUGCAGUCUGGAUCUGAAUCUGGAAUCAAUUAUGUCCUUCUACAGUGAUUACUUCGACCAAACAUCGAAUACGGUCUCUGCCGACAUUCAUUAUUUGACCAUCAAUCUGCAUGCUGCCUCUCCAUUUACAUCUCCAUUGGCUCCUGCUGAUGCACCUAUGCAAGGAAGAGGACCUGGCAGUAGUGACCUGAUUGGAGCACAAUUCAAGUCUAAUCUACCUCUAACACUCUAUACACCUGCGGAAUUGUCGAGCGAUCGAAGUGACCUCAACAGUUCAUGGUUCCGUGAUGACUACGGCAUGAUAACAGAUACGGACUAUUUCACAACAACGAAAACGGAUGGCGACGCGAACGGCAACACCGUCACCCAAAACGGCUGGCCAGGGCUAGAAUGGAUCAUUGGCACAGCGCAUCGGCGGCUACUAUUGAGUUGGGGCGAAGUAGACCCUCAGAUGGAUGCAUAUGAAUUUCAAAAUGACUCCGCCGUCUUCAGCGACGACUACCUUGCCUCGAGUCAAUCAAUAUCAGUGAACAACGCCGGCACUGUCCAGUCGGGCUGCUUUUUCGAAGCGGGUAAUACUACAGUCCAAAGUGUGAAUGCAUCCUGGGCUUUUGCAGUCGCAAAUCAAGCCAGCUCAUCUCAGGCCUUGUAUCACCUGGCGCAAAACCUCACUGCCUGUGGGAUAUCUCCCAUAUUGAACAUGACACUUGGCAAUGCAACAGUUCAAAACAAUCUGGACCAGUAUGCGCAAUUCGCACAGUCAUCAAUCAUUGGAUGGGCUUCUGGAGAGCCUCGAAACUCUUCCCAAACCAAGAGGGCCGAGACAAGCCGCAAAGCAACGUCCAACGAUUAUGCUUGCGCCGUACUCGACUCUACUAGCGGAUAUUUGGGCCGCUGGCGGGCAGACCAGUGUCAGAAUAAACGUCGUGCAGCAUGUCGAAUUGCCAAUGAACCAUAUGCCUGGAGGUUAUCGACGUUCAAUGUGCCAUAUUCGUCGGCUCCCAAUGCAUGUCCGAACUCGACAAAGUUCGACCUUCCCCGGACAGGUCUUGAAAACACGUACCUCUACCGACAAAUCCUCAACGAUACCAGUUCUAGUGAUGGGACGGGUAUUCUGUCAGGAGUAUGGAUAGACUUCAACUCACUGGAUCAGGCCGGUUGUUGGGUUGCGGGCGGACCCAAUGCGUCCUGCCCUUAUUCUACCGAUCCAAAGAGUGAAAAUCAACGUGAGGUGCUGAUCCCGACCAUUGCAGCAUUGAUCGUUUUGCUUUUAACAGUGCUGACCUUGUUGGUCAAAUGCAAUGAAAACCGAAGGAACCGCAAGACCCGCAGAAGAGGGAACGAUGGUUGGGAGUAUGAAGGCGUGCCGUCGUGAAUCGACCAACACAGUUUCUGAGAAGACCCUUGAAGAAUCUCGCACGAAAUACGGAGGACAUAUCUGGUUACAAAGCCCUGCCGUGCCCUGCAUCUUCAGAGUCAAUAACACUACGGGUCAAUAUUGGGCCGGCCAGUGGGGUUCGGUGACUUUUGUCGGGAGCCUCGUUUCUCAUUCCGCCGAGACCACCUUCUCAGAGCUGCGCCUAGAUCACUUCUUACCUCAGCAGUUUGACAUCAAGGCAUACCGGUAGCCUUGUUCGGAAGUCCUGUUGCGUAAAGCACUGUUGAAAUCAUGCCAUGAUCAGUUCGGGUGUCGAUGAGUCCACA